UCUUCCAAGAUGGCCGCGCGUCCGCCGCGAGCAGUCGGGCCCGGGGGAAGCCAGCGAAGCCGAGUAAAGCCGCCGCCCGGGAGAGGACUGGAAGAGCAGUUGCCGCCUUUGGCGGCGGCCCGGGCAGUUUUCGCUGCUGCUACGGCUGUUGCCAUGCGGCGAGGCUAGGGAGGACCUCACUUCCCCGGGGUGUAAUAAUGUUAACAGAGGAACCACCAACUGUUUUACACAGUGGCUGCACCAUUUUACAUAUCCCCAGUUUGUUUUUGUUUGCCCUCUAUCAUGCUGAGAUCAUGCUGACUUGAAAAAGAAAAUGAGCCAAAGAUCAGUCUUUUUUUUUAAGGCCAGUCUGUCCAUAUGGGGAUGGGGAAGCCUUGGCAUUGUCCUUUUUCUAAUAACCUUUGGACCUUUUGUAAUAUUUUAUUUGGCAUUUUAUAUCCUCUGCUUUGUGGGUGGGGGUUUAGUGGUUACUCUCCUGUUUGGAAAAACAAACUCAGAGAAGUACCUAGAGCAGUGUGAACACUCAUUUCUUCCUCCAACAUCAACUGGGGUUCCUAAGUGCUUAGAAGAAAUGAAACGGGAAGCCAGAACUAUUAAGAUUGAUAGAAGAUUGACGGGUGCCAAUAUAAUUGAUGAACCUCUCCAGCAAGUUAUCCAGUUUUCCUUGAGGGACUAUGUUCAAUAUUGGUAUUAUACACUAAGUGAUGACGAAUCUUUUCUUCUUGAAAUUAGACAGACUCUUCAGAAUGCACUCAUUCAGUUUGCUACUAGGUCAAAAGAAAUAGACUGGCAACCUUAUUUUACUACACGAAUUGUAGAUGAUUUUGGCACACACCUACGAGUAUUCAGAAAGGCUCAACAGAAAGUAACAGAGAAAGAUGAUCAAGUAAAAGAUUGUUCCUGUCUUUGUGCAGGUACAGCAGAAGAUCUUGUAGAUACCUUCUUUGAAGUUGAAGUGGAAAUGGAGAAGGAAGUUUGCCGUGACCUAGUGUGCACUUCUCCCAAAGAUGAAGAAGGAUUCCUAAGGGAUUUGUGUGAAGUCUUGUUGUACUUAUUGCUACCUCCUGGAGAUUUCCAGAACAAGAUCAUGCGAUACUUUGUCAGGGAAAUCCUUGCACGAGGAAUUCUUCUUCCAUUAAUAAAUCAACUCAGUGAUCCUGAUUAUAUUAAUCAAUAUGUCAUAUGGAUGAUCCGUGAUUCUAAUUGCAGCUAUGAGGCCUUUAUGAACAUUAUUAAAUUGAGUGACAACGUUGGAGAGCUAGAAGCGGUUAGAGAUAAGGCAGCGGAAGAAUUACAGUAUCUUAGAUCUCUAGAUACAGUUGGUGAUGAUAUCAACACUAUCAAAAAUCAAAUAAAUAGCUUAUUGUUUGUAAAGAAAGUAUGUGAUUCAAGAAUACAGCGGUUGCAGUCAGGCAAAGAAAUAAAUACUGUGAAACUGGCAGCAAACUUUGGGAAACUUUGCACAGUCCCCUUGGACAGCAUUCUUGUAGACAAUGUUGCACUACAAUUUUUCAUGGAUUACAUGCAGCAAACUGGAGGUCAGGCACAUCUUUUCUUCUGGAUGACAGUGGAAGGAUACCGGGUUACAGCCCAGCAACAGCUAGAGGUUUUAUUAAGUCGCCAAAGGGAUGGAAAACAUCAAACCAACCAAACCAAAGGUCUUCUAAGAGCAGCAGCUGUUGGAAUUUAUGAACAAUAUUUAUCAGAAAAGGCAUCUCCAAGAGUUACUGUUGAUGACUAUUUAGUAGCAAAAUUAGCAGAUACUUUGAAUCAUGAAGAUCCAACCCCUGAAAUUUUUGAUGAUAUUCAAAGGAAGGUAUAUGAGUUGAUGCUACGAGAUGAAAGAUUUUAUCCUUCAUUCAGACAGAAUGCCCUGUAUGUACGUAUGUUAGCUGAGCUUGACAUGUUAAAAGAUCCUAGUUUCAGAGGAUCAGAUGAUGGGGAUGGAGAAUCUUUUAAUGGGUCUCCUACAGGAAGCAUAAAUUUGUCUUUAGAUGACCUUUCCAGCAUGUCUUCUGAGGACUCGACACAGCUUCAUGCUUACAUUUCAGACACUGUAUAUGCUGACUGUGACCCAUAUGCCGUGGCAGGCGUUUGUAAUGAUCACGGCAAGACCUAUGCCUUGUAUGCCAUCACUGUGCAUCGCCGCAGUCUCAACAGUGAGGAGAUGUGGAAAACGUACCGACGGUACAGUGACUUCCACGACUUCCACAUGAGGAUCACGGAGCAGUUUGAAAAUCUAUCAAGCAUAUUGAAGCUUCCUGGUAAAAAAACUUUUAAUAAUAUGGAUAGAGAUUUUUUAGAAAAGAGAAAAAAGGAUCUAAAUGCGUAUUUGCAGUUACUGUUAACUCCUGAAAUGAUGAAAGCAUCUCCAGCUCUGGCCCACUGCGUGUGUGAUUUCCUUGAGAACAAAGCCUACAGUAAAGGGAAAGGGGAUUUUGCUCGCAAGAUGGACACUUUUGUAAAUCCGCUUCGCAAUUCUAUGAGGAAUGUUUCAAAUGCAGUUAAAUCUCUUCCUGAUAGCCUGGCAGAAGGAAUGACUAAAAUGUCAGACAACAUGGGCAGAAUGUCGGAAAGAUUAGGUCAAGACAUAAAGCAAUCAUUUUUCAAGGUACCUCCUUUAAUUCCGAAGGCUGAUUCAGAUCCUGAACAUUGUCGAGUCUCAGCUCAGCUUGAUGACAAUGUGGAUGACAAUAUUCCACUUAGGGUGAUGUUGCUUCUCAUGGAUGAAGUAUUCGACUUGAAGGAGAGAAACCAGUGGUUGCGAAGGAAUAUAAAAAACCUGCUGCAGCAGCUGAUUAGAGCUACAUAUGGUGAUACCAUUAACAGAAAAAUAGUUGACCAUGUUGACUGGAUGACCUCACCUGAACAAGUCGCUGACUCGGUGAAGCGUUUCAGGGAUGCAUUUUGGCCAAAUGGCAUCUUAGCAGAGACUGUUCCAUGCAGAGAUAAAGCUAUUCGAAUGCGAACAAGAGUGGCAGGAAAAACUAAAUUACUUGCUAUUAUGCCAGAUGAACUGAAGCACAUUAUUGGGGCUGAGACGACACGGAAAGGUAUUCUUCGUGUUUUUGAAAUGUUUCAGCACAACCAGUUAAAUCGGAGAAUGGUUUAUGUCUUCUUGGAAGGCUUUUUAGAAACCUUAUUUCCACAGUACAAAUUCCGUGAACUUUUCAACAAACUGCAUUCCCGGUCAAAGCAGAUGCAGAAAUACAAACAGAAACUUCAGACUCCUCAAGCGCCUUCUUUACAGAGAAGGUGACGCUUCAGUCUGUGAAGCUGGGGUCCGCUUCUCCAGGACUGAUGGUCUGGACAGAUCUUCUGGGGCUUAACUCAUAUACGGUCGUGUCUGCACCAGUCUUGUAGUGUCUCAAAAUAGAUUAAUAAUACAUCAUAAUACUGUGGUUCUUCUCAUCCUCAUCUGGAAUGCAGCCACUACCAAGAGAGGUUUCUGUCUCAGAUGAUUUGGUGCAAGUUUUGCAACAUUGACAGGAUACUGCUCCCAUCUCGAGCAAGAGGACGUUGCUCUCUUGGCUUCGGACUAUUCAGCGUUCUCCAGCAACGACAGAGUGCCAGAGUGUGUAUGAGAGCCAAGGAAAGCACAAAAUAGCGGUUCACAGAUAAAUUGGCUGAUUUGUUUAACAGUUGGAGAGUGCAGUGUGUGCUUUGGAGGGAUUUGUUCUGCAUAAGAAUUGUGCGGGUCUGUGUCAGCAUUUUGAUAUAGGGUAGAUUAGCCACAUAGCCGAUCUUUGGAACAUCUAUUUUGGGUUGAGAAGAGUGACAGAACACCCUAAAGUACGGAAUAUCCUUAUACCUGACAUAACAGUUCUGUGGCAUGAAAUCCAAAUAUAAAAUAAAACCAAUCAAAACAGGUUUUGAUUGGCUUAUUCAUUAGAGUAAGACUCGUUUUAAUUGGUUGUUACGUGCUGUAAGGGCUUGGUUUUGCUCCUAUGGUACUCACUUUAAGUUGUCUACUGGCAUUCUAUGUGCAAAAGGAAGCAAGGCGUGGCUGUCCUUUCAGGUUCAGAAUAACUAGUUUUGUCUCUAACAGAUUACUGAUUAUGCAGGAGGGGGGAAUUUGUUGGAAGAACUGCCAAAUACAUUCUGUCCUUCUAAAAAUAUGGAAAUUAAAAGACAACAGUACUCUAUUGAAAGUUACGAUAUGAUAAUUUAAAAUUGUGUGAUCUAGACAUGCCUUAGGUAACUGCAAACAUAGCAAAUCAGAGGAUUAAUGAGCUUAUUAGUCAUAUGUAAACAUACAAAUUCCUAAUUCUAUUACAGUGUACAUAUAUCAAAAUAAAUAAUGAAGACAGAACUAUAAUGUUUUUAAAAAUAUGCUCUUAUUUAUAUUUCGCGUAAUGUAAGAUUCUACUAAAUAAAGCUAAUAGGCAAAACUCCUUUGUGUAUACAUUUAAGUCCCUAAAAUAAUUUUAUACCAAGAAAGCAAAGUACCUUUUCCAGUUUUGAAGACUGCAUUUCCUGUAGUUUUCUCACUCUCCAUUUUGUCCAUCUUGGAAGCCUUCAUAUCCCUUUUAUGCAGGAUUUCUGCAUAAUUUUAAUGCUUCCAUUGACGAGGGGUUUGAAUGUGCCAGCUAUUUUUGUUUUAAAAAUAAUUAACACUAAAACCUUAAAAUAGUGAAGCUACUUUUCAGCCCACUGAGCCAAGAUGCUGGUAUUCAAUGAGCGUCUGGGUGCUUAAGACAAAGGGACAGAGCAUUGGUAUCCCAGUUAUUUGGGAGCUUGCAGAUUGGAACAAGAUCUUACUGUCUUGUGUUCACUCAGAUCUUGCUUACAAAAUGAAGCCUAUUAACAGAAUAAAGCCUUCCUUUAAAGUUUAUAAUCGUCCUAUUUAUUAAUAGUGCUGUUGUGCAUACUUGUUGUAUGCAUAUAUUCAGCAUGUGUUGCAUGUCUUCAGAAUUAUAGAAAUGAGAUCCCUUUCAGUGCAACUUGUGAGAAAAGAACCCUCUUGGCUCUGAUGGAAGAAAAUAAUAUUUCUUCUCAGUGUGUCUCCCCAUCCCACCCUGCCCCGUGCCCCAGCUUAAAGUGGGGAUGUGUGAAACAUGUCUGUAGGAAGCCACAGCAUGGCCAUAAGUGCAAUGAUUUCUGUAUGUGCCCCUGCCCAAUUCAACUAUAUUUUUGACAUGAAUAAGUCUAAAAAGUGUAGAGAAGAAUUCCUAUAAGAGCCUAGUGUGUAACAGGUGAGAAAGCAUUUCUGUACAGCGUGAGGAACAGUGUCUGUCAACCAGGGAAAGAAAGGUCGUGUAAGAUUCCAGAUUUCCCCAGCAGAGCCCUACAAGAUAACUGCAGUCAUACCAAAAACUAUUUGAAUACGUGGGUUUUUUAAAAAUAAUUUUUCUUUAAAAGAGUUUAUAUUUCAGAAGCAGACAUGCCAGAUGGUAGUCUAUCUAAAUGGUAGUGCAUCUUCUCUAUGCACAUUUGUGUUCCGCAUCAGAGAGAGCCGUGGUUAUGCUAAAGUUAGAGAUACUCCUUGAAUGACUCGGUCAAGAUGUGUGUAAAAUAUGUAACCCAUACAUCAAGUACAGUGUACUAUGUUUAAUAAAGUUAUUACAUUUAAUGCAUUUAUUGCAUAUAUGAAUAUAAACAUGAAGAGGCUUUAUGUCUUCUGAUAUUUGAUUUUUGAAUGUGUUUUUAAGUCAGUGGUGCCUUUAGGCAAGAACCUUCAAAAUUAAUCAUUCUCUGUUUGGGUUUUCUGAUUCUUCAGGUAACAUAUGAACUAUUUAGAAGCCACCAUAGUUUAUUCACCCCAAAAAUUGAUUGUAUGAUUUAAAUAUAGCACUUAGAUGAGCAUUUCCUGUAAUUAGGGUGUUCAGAAUAGUUGCUGAAAACAGUUGUGCCAUUGAUCAAUGGAUGCACUUGGUUAGCCUUAAUUUUUUUUAAAGAAAACACAUUAAAAACUUUCUUGAGUAUUUCAGUUCGCUCAUUUUAUGUUUGUGCUGCUGGUGUUUGGAAAAAAAUCAAACAGUUAAGUGCUACCAGAAAGUGUACCAAUUUUUUUAAAAAAUAAGAACAAGAUAAAUUUCACAAUCUGAAAUUUUAAUUUUGUGCAAUAUUUUCAUUUAGUGCAUGUGUAUUUGAGUAAUUGUAAAAUAAAUGAAUUUUUAAUGUUUUGAGAUGUAGUUUAAACUGUCUUCUUAACCCAACAACUGACGUUCCAUCGUCGCUGCAUCCUUUUAUUUAGGGACUUGUUUUAAAAGUCUUUUUGUCACUCCUUGUAAAAUUCUUUGAUUAGUAGUAAAUUUUGCUUAUAGGAGCAUGGCUCCUGUAUUACAAGGGAAAAAUCCGAAGAGCACAUUUUAGGAUUCUAAUUGUUAAAAGAUCACUUGUGCAUAUCAUUGUACAGUAAGUGUCAACUGUGUGCCUAACUGUUCUACCAGUGCUUUCCUUCUUCAACAAAGAAGAAACAGCAAUCAGAAUGUCAGUUAUUUUUAUUGAACUAAAAAAGAUUAAACUUUUAUUUGGUUUGCUUUAUGUUCUUGUCCAUUAGAAAAUACUAAUAAAGUAUUAACAAACA